AUGGCUGUGGCUGUGGCUCUGGCUGUGUGGCUGCUGUUGGCGCCGGGAGGCCGCGGGGAGCCGGGGCUCGGGGCCGCGGGGCCGGGGCUGGGGGCCGCGGGGCCGGGGCUGGGGGCCGCGGGGCCGGGGCCGGGGCUGGAGGCCGCUGUGCAGCAGGUGGGAGACGCCAACUGGACGGUGAUCCUGAGCGGAGAGUGGAUGGUGCAAUUUCAUGCCCCAUGGUGCCCAGCGUGUCAGCAAAUCCAGGCUGAUUGGGAGAAGCUUGGGAAGUUGAGUGAAACAAUUGGCAUUCGUGUGGGAAAAGUGGAUGUGACUCGUGAACCAGGUUUGAGCGGCCGUUUCUUUGUGACCACUUUGCCAACCAUUUACCAUGCCAAAGACGGUGUCUUCCGGAAAUACCAUGGUUCAAGAGUGCUCCAGGAUUUUCAGAGCUUCGUAACAGAGAAGAAGUGGGAGACGUUGGAGUCAAUCAGUGGAUGGAAAUCUCCAUCAUCUUUCGCCAUGUCCGGGAUGGCAGGUCUUUUCCGACUAUCAGUGUGGAUUAGAGAAGUACACAGUUACUUGACUGAGACCCUCGGAAUUCCGGUUUGGGGGUCUUACAUUGCCUUUGCUAUGGUUACACUGCUGGCUGGUCUCAUCCUUGGCUUGAUUCUGGUGCUUAUUGCUGACUGUUUAUGUCCAACCAAGUCUAAAUAUAAAUCCCAGGUGACCGAGACCACAGAGAAAGAUGAUGAAGAUAUGGAAGAUGAGGAGUCCAACCAUCCCCAGGAGGAAACAGAUUUGGAUUGGGAUUUGAGAACAGCCGAGGGGAAUAAUUUGAGCGACAACAACUCGGGAGAUGAUUCUCCUCAGGAGGAGGCCUCUCCUGAGGAAAAUGUCUGUUCUGGGGAAGAUGCCUCAAGAGGAAAAGAAUCUACGAAUCUCAAUCAACCGUCGUCGGACAGCGAAGAGGAGACAUCAGUCAGAAAACGCAAAACGAUAGAGAAUUUGUAACUGUCAACAAAUACGUUUUGAUUUUUUUUAAAAAACAAACCGAAAUCAGACCAAAGAAUUGAGUGUGUACAUCUCUGCACACUCUUCCGUUUCAACUUGUAGGGACUUGGUUGCAUUUGCAUUAACAUUGUCUUGUUCAUGACGGACAAUCACAAGCUAAAUUGCCUGUUCCGGUCUUUCUCCUCUUUUCCUCAAGCCCCCCGGCUCUUGCUGGGGUGAUUAGUUUCUCGCUCAGUUCCACACCCAAGCAGUCAGUCUUAGUGGGAACCUAGAGCGCAAGUCGGAAUUCUGGGUACGUCACAAAUUCCCUACAUUAUUGCCAACGUUACGACAGCCAGAAUAACAGGGCCUCAGUCAUUCCCCUUGCACUGCAAGAGGCGUGGUUUGAACAAAAUGAUUUUUUUUAUUUUAGCGGCGUUCAGCUUUUGUAAAUCCUGUACAUUGAGCCUGGGCAUUUUUCUAAUGAAAUUCAAGUGAAUUCCCCAUCCAGAUCUGGGUAUUUUUGACUGACACAAUUCUCCAAAAUUGUGAAACACCAGAAUUCUUCACCAGAGUAUUUCCUUCACAUGGACAAUGAUUGUAACUUUCCAUUUGAACAAAUGGCACAGAUUCCAAAUACUUUCAAUAGACAGAAACCAAAAAGUAUUUCAGCAGUAUUCCUUUUCAGCAUUGUGUGUAAACCAUGUGUUCAAAGGAAUAUAAGGGGCUUUUAAAUAAUCAUGACUCUGGAAUGACUGGUUGAUUUGCCUCGUUGAUAAAAGUUUUUGAAACAAAAACAUAUUGCAAGUCUGCAGCAUCAGAUGUUUCGCUGGUCACUGAAUCGGGCUAAAAGCUGUUGGAGGCAAUAGAAUUACAGCAGCAAAGAAACAGAAAGCUCUUCACCCUCCAAUUUACAAUAUCAUUAUUGCCCUACCUACCGAAAACGUUCACUUUUUUAUGAAUUAAUAUCUCAACAAUUUUUGCAUGAAGCUGAAGACUAUUUCUAGCUGUUAUUAACAAAAUUUUUGCCAGGUUUGCAUUUGAUCUUGGAGUACUCGGUAUCAUAAAAUAUGGGGCUGAAAUUUAAAAAUAUACUAUUUUUGUACAGAAUUUAUUUCUGGAUUUAUUACUCAACAUUGGUGAGGGAGAAUACAUUUUAAACAACCUUUCGCAAUUUGGUGAGAUUGGUGUUGGGGUGUACCUUUUUAUAGGAUGAAUGCAAAAGUACUGUUACGUGUUAUAUUUUGUAUAGGUUGUCUGGCUUGGCUUUGGCUCUUUACAAGGUAAGUAGAUGCUUCCAAAAAACUUGCAUUCAUUCAAAAAGACUCUACAUUGUAACUGCAAUGAAUACUUUAUAUAUUUUUCAGCUACAGUAUUGCAGUUGUCAUUAAAACUUGCUUUUUUUAGUUUUAUUCAAGAAACUUCCCUCUCUUGCAAUGUUAUUUGAAUCGCACACUUGAGGCCCCAAACUUUUGAGAAAGAAAAAAGAGCCAUGUAAAAAUGGACCAAAAAUACAUUUGCUGUCUUUAUGUUUGAGGUUUAUAUUCAGAAUAAAUUAUUGUACUUAUGGAAGGCAAAACUAUUGUAUGCACCGUUGCAUGCAGUGGUGCAUUAUGUUCUGAUUAAACAAGUUCGCAAAGUACGCGUUAUUUCUGUAAACCCCAUUCAUUUCUAUUAAUGGUAAAAAAUAAAAGCAUGUCUUUUCUA